AUGCGUGGCACUACGACCACCGCAGAUGAGAAACAAGAUCUCGCUCAUCUCGAAGACACUCUCAAACACGACGAUGAAGCCGCUGAACGAUUCAGUCCCAAGAAGGCUGCGUCCAUCAGGCGUCGAAUCGACUUUCGGCUGAUCCCCUGCCUGGGUCUUAUGUACUUCGUUUCGCUGAUGGAUCGAAAGAACGUCGCAAAUGCAGCCAUCGCCGGAAUGAGGGAGGACCUCGACAUGCUGGAUGGGUAUCGAUAUAGCCUGAUGACACUGGUCUUCUUCAUCACCUACACUAUUCUCCAGCCUCCAAUGACGCUUGUAUGUCGCAAGAUUGGCCCGCGCAACUUCUUGCCGGCGAUCUGUUUCCUGUGGGGUGUUGUCAUUAUUGGCUUUGGGUUUAGCAAGGAGUGGACUACUCUGGUGGCCUUGAGACUUGUCCUGGGGAUUCUCGAGGCAGGGUACUUUCCAGGCUGUGUUUAUCUUUUGUCAACUUGGUAUACUCGAUUCGAGGUUGCACGGCGGUAUUCCGCUUUCUAUCUCAUUGGCAGUUUCGGAUCUGCAUGUUCCGGAAUCAUUGCUUAUGGCUUGAUGCAAAUGGAAGGCGUGGAGGGUCUUCGUGGCUGGAGAUGGAUUUUCAUUAUAGAGGGCGUCAUUACCUGCGCAAUUGCUAUCAUCGCAUAUAUUUUUAUUAUCCGCUUUCCAGACGAAGAGCGAGAACGUCCGUCCUCGCACUUCUUGAAAUCGGACGAAUGCCAGUUCAUCAUUGACCGGCUGGAACACGACCGAGGAGACGUGGAAAUUGAAGAAUUCAACUUAGUGAAAUACCUCAAGCCGGCUCUGCACCCAGAGGUCUGGGGAUUUGCGUUUAUCUUCUUCUGCACGACAACCGUCUCGUACGCAUUUGCAUACUUCCUCCCCAUCAUCCUGCGUGAAAACCUGAAAUUCAGUCUGGCGGCGUCCCAGUGCCUUAUUGCGCCGCCCUAUGCAUUUGCGGCAAUUCUGAUGUAUGCUACAGCCUGGGUGGGAGAUCGGUACCGGGUUCGCGGCGUCAUCAUUGUGGUGAACAGCCUGAUUGCGGUCAUUGGGCUCCCUAUAAUGGGAUUCCAUCCGAGCCCGUCAGUCAGAUACUUUGGUGUGUUUCUGGCGGUUGGCGGGACAAACGCUAAUGUCCCGGCUACCAUGACAUAUCAGGCAAACAACAUCCGCGGCCAGUGGAAGCGGGCGUUUUGCUCUGCGACGUUGACUGGCAUGGGCGGCAUUGGAGGCGUCGCAGGCAGUCUUGUAUUCCGAAGUCAAGAUCGACCGGAUUACAUGCCUGGGAUGGUGGCAACGAUCGUUUGCAAUGGUGCCGUAGUCCUUACCGUUGCUGUUCUCACUGUGUACUUCAGAAGGUCGAACAAGAAAGCCGACCAGGGAGAAAAGGUUAUCGACGACGAUCCGAAUUUCAGGUAUACUGUGUGA